GGAGAGAGCAUCAUGACCAGCCAGCAGCCACGUCACCCAGCGCUGCUCCGGGUCUGCUGAGAGGACAAAACCCAACUUUUCUUAGGCCCUGCACGACAGGGAAAGGCAGCAACAGGGACGCAGUUCUGGGAAGGAGGAAGUCCUGAGUGCUGAGGCAGGGGACGUGGAGCCUUGGGAAGGCAUAGAGAACUCUGGACUCCAGGAGAAGGGAAAGUUCAGCCAUAGGAAAGCGUAUGCUUGACUGAGCACGGAGCUCCCCGCAGGGUUUUACAGCUGCCUUCACCCACCGCUGCCAUGAACAUCUUCCGCAUCCUGGGGGACGUCUCCCACUUGUUGGCCAUCAUCAUCCUGCUGGUGAAGAUCCACAGGUCCAAGUCCUGCGCUGGUAUCUCGGGGAAAAGCCAGAUUCUUUUUGCCCUUGUCUUCACUACCCGCUACCUGGACCUGUUCACAACCUUCAUCUCCAUCUACAACACCGUGAUGAAGGUCAUCUUUUUGCUCUGUGCCUACAUCACCGUGUACAUGAUCUAUGUGAAAUUCAGGAAAACGUUUGACAGAGAGAACGACUCCUUUCGCCUGGAGUUCCUCCUGGUCCCCGUCACCGGCCUCUCCUUCCUGGAAAACCACAGCUUCACCCCCCUGGAGAUACUCUGGACCUUCUCCAUCUACCUGGAGUCCGUCGCUAUCCUCCCUCAGCUCUUCAUGAUCAGCAAGACGGGGGAAGCAGAGACCAUCACAACGCAUUACCUUUUCUUCCUGGGCCUCUAUCGCGCCCUCUAUAUUGCCAACUGGGUCUGGCGCUACCACACCGAGAAGUUCUAUGACCAGAUCGCUGUGGUCUCUGGGGUGGUACAGACCAUCUUCUACUGCGACUUCUUCUAUCUCUACGUUACCAAAGUCCUAAAAGGAAAGAAGCUCAGCCUUCCGAUGCCUGUUUGAAGCCUCUUCCAGACAGCACCAGAAAUUCCAACGUUGAAACUAUUGACCACAGCUUUCCCUUCCUGGCCCUGGUUGACUGAAGAACGGCUCAGCUGAGCUUCACUCCAGUGCCAGGAAGACAGCGAGGCCGGGACAGCUGGAAUGCUCAUCACCUGGAUGAGACUCUCCCUCCAUUUUGUUGCGUUUCUUCUUACUUGAAAUUGGUGCUAGUAAGCAGUGCUGGCCAAUACUAAGAAAUGCAGAGCAUUCUCUCCCUGUUCUUCCUAGCACUCACCUCUGUAACGCACCUCUAACCUUAUGCUGAGGCACCUCAAGAAGUAAAAGGGAAACUGUCACCGUCCUUCAGUCCCCAACAAAUGCUAUAUAGUGAAAAGGGUGUGGUGUCAAGAUGAAAUAUACAAAGGUCAUGGGCCCACAUGUGCCUUCACAGAGUAUCCUAAGUUGGAACGAACCCACAAGGAUGGAGUCCCGCUCCUGGCACCACCCAAAACUCAUCAGUUACAGCACCAGUGCAUGAACUACCACUCUCCCAAAAAUUAACCCUGUUGAGCCCCAAUCUCUUCAGGUCCACGUUUCCUUCACGUGGCAACAAUCUCCCAUUUGGCAGGUACUCCAGCACCUUUCCCACUCACCCAUCUCCAGUGAGGGCUCCUCACGCUCUACAAGAUGGGGGACAUUUCAAUUCUAGUUCAGGGGUGUCGCCAACACAUGUUCCCAACCCCUUGGAUUUGCUUCUUUUAUGAACUGGGAAGAACAGGGGCAAAUGUUGUUUUUACGCUCCAAAAAUAAUAAAAAGACAAAGUUCACAAUUUAUUGACAACAGUGUUUUUAUUUAUACCUACAAAAGAAAACAAGAUGGUAUCAAAAGGACAAUUUACAAACUAAGAAUAGUAACAUAGCUCUUAGUAUCCUGUGUCUGAACACCACAGAUCUAUGAAUCUCUCAAAUUCAAGUCUUCGUUAAUACAACAGGAAUGUGUUCAGAGACCAGCAAACGUGUGAAACGAGAUGCUGAUCCCACACAAAGCCACUAACCCUUCCUUUGUUCAGAGAAGUCCAAACAGUAAAUUGCUUCAGGAAGUGGGAGGGGAGGAGACACCCAAGUCGUAUGACACUCCCACAGAACUUUUUACAGAUUGAAAACAACGCAAAACGAUACUAGAGGCUAAUGCUUCUCAACAAGGGCCCUCCAGCUGGUAUGUGGAACAGAGCAGCGAGCACCAGGUGGGACAGGGGCAGCACAUGCCACGGUGCGUUUAAGCAUUCAACAAUCUGGUUAACACUGAACUGAACCCAGACCCUGGACAUCAGCUGACCUCAGUGACAAUAAAGCACUGCAAGACUUGGCAUAUAUACUUUUACAUGUGCACAAGUCCCCCCAAAAAAAGAAGUGAAAGCGAUAGCAAACUAUAAGGCAGCUUUGGUGGCCCAGAGACCCUUUCUAAAGCCAGUCAGCAAGAUGCCCUACUGCUACACCCCUCAAACACAUUUCUGCAUCAGUCACAAA